AUGAACACAGAGAUUUCCCGACGGAGUGCAUGUGAUAGGUGCCGGGGCCAGAAACUUCGCUGCGUGAGGAUAUCAAAGCUUGGAGAUGGUCCAUGGGAGGGACCCUCACACCCGGGUGAUGGCCGAUUCGAACCCUGUGAACGCUGCUUGAAAGCUGGAACGGAAUGUAUCAAUACGGUCACUACACAUAGAAAUCACCCGAGAGCCGAGAGGCUUCAGUCCUUAAACUUGACCUCGUCCUUUGAGAGAACAGCAUCGCAUUCCCCUUUUUCCUUGAAUACCAAUACAUACCAACAUAGUUUUGGAAUUGACUCUGGAAGUAGUGAUGGGAGGAGAAAAGAGGGAUCUUUGAGGAUUCUAGAGUCAGCAUCAGUACACCAACCAAGAACGAAUUUUCAACAACCGUUCGAAGAAAGACCUAAGUGGAGAUCAAUCGAGCCAUCGCCAAAUGGCCUGGGGAUCAGCAACGCUGAUCAGCUUGGAUCCCUAAGCCCCCAUCAAGACAUUAGAAGCAGAAAUGAAAGAAGAACGAGUAGCAGCAACUCCCCAUCAACCUGUCAACAGGGCAUUCAAACCUUUAGCACAGAUGAUAACCCCGCUUCUAAACGACACAAUUCUUUCAGCGUUGAUAAUUUUGAUUUCGGGAUAAUAAUCAAUCCAGAGAACACCACACACCACGACGCUACCGCAGCUCUGAUGAAUAUUCUUUCCACAUCAGGCCACGAUGCUAAAGAUGCAUCCUCCCGAAAUCCGACACCUGAAAAUACCCAGCAACCUUCAGAUAAGUCAGGGGCUCAAACCGUCAUGAUAGAAUCUAAAGGGGACUACCUGAACCGCCUGUCCGAGCUGAGCUCUCAGCUGUUAAAAGACUUCAGUAGAACCAGCUCCGCCAAUCUUUCGGACGUGCUAUCAUUCUCUCCCUGCUGCAACUCAUGGAUUGGAACUUGCACCCACAGCUCUCAAAAAAGCAUGCGCCUAAAAAACACCAUCGGUAGCGUCCUAGAAGGCUCGCAGAGAUUCCUGGACAUUUUACAACAUCUCAAAGAACCCUCGCCGACCGGCAGUUUCGGCCCCUCUUCCUCGGCAGGCUCAGAGUGUUCCUACUCAGAAUACUGGGAAGAAAAUGAUUUCAUGUCGAUAAACAACGAGCACCCAUAUUCCACAAACGCCAUGGCGGUCAAACUUAGCGACCUAGCUACAGAACAAGCGCACGCGGGGAAAAUGUCAGAUGGUGGCACCAUGGACAUGCCUACAACGCUCACAAUCCUGACAUGUUAUACGUGGCUGCUACAAUCCUACGAAGGGAUAUUUUCGCGAAUCUACACAUAUCUCCUCUCCCAACCCAAGCUCCCACUACAAUCAAUACCUGCAAUACUUCCGGGGCUUCACAUUGGCGGUUUUGAUCUUGGUGAUCGGAAAGACUUGCAGAUGGAAAUUCUGAUUCAAGUUAGUUCGAGAAUGCUAGAACGGAUUGAGGAGACUUUAGGCAUAACCGUGAUAUCACCGCCGCAGGAUAGUCAAGAUAAUUCACCAAACAGAAGGGGAAUCUUAGAUAGGGCUUCUGCUUCGGCGCUGUUGGAUAUCAUGUUUAAACAGAAGGAUUUGGGGUAUUCGAAGGGAGAUAAUGGGAGGGUUCCCUCGGUGAAACAGACCAUGGAUAAUAUUAGGGGGGUUUUGAGGAGGAAUGGAUGGUGA